GCAGUGCAGCAGAUACAGAGCAGGUCCUGGUCGGUAGUCACUGCUGUGGUGUCUGGAGCCUCUUCUUCUCUCUGGUAUCAGCCAUUUCUCCAGAGUCCCCCUUUAUCCCCGGUGCUGGGGGCUCUGAGAAGUGGGGUCUCUCCAGGAGCAGUAAGUGCCGUUCUGGAUCUCACUUAUGCUCUUGUCCCUGGAGGAUUUCCAGCCUCUCCUCAUAAAGGCGCCUGCAGUACUAGAAGCCUCCAGCUCCUCCAGGUCUCUCCUUUUCUCCUGAAUCACCACCAAGGAUGGACAGGAAGGAGAUCAGCAGAAGAAUAUUAGACUUCACCUUGGAGAUCAUCUCCCUGCUGAGCGGAGAGGAUUAUACCAUAGUGAAGAAGACAUCGGGGGAGACUCCCAUCAUCCAUGAGUCAGGAAGGUGGAGCAGGACCCCCAUCACAGAGCCUCCCCCCCUGAUACAUGAACAGAAGAUCCUAGAACUCACCCACAAGAUGAUUGAGCUGCUGACUGGAGAGGUUCCUGUAAGGUGUCAGGAUGUGGCGGUCUAUUUCUCCAUGGAGGAGUGGAAGUAUAUAGAAGGACACAAGGAUCUGUACAAGGAGGCCAUGAUGGAGGCUCCCCGGCCUCUGACAUCACCAGGACACUGUGAAGGGUUCACAAACUUUCAAGCACCACCAUACCUGUCCAUGCUGCUAUGAUAUCCGCCUGCACCUGCCAUCACUGCUUUGGACGUUCCAGUGAUACUAUGGAUCCAGGAGGAGAAAUCCCCCCGAGAGAUGUCCCCGUCCUCUGU